UUCAAAUGAAAUCCCGCCUCAACGUCAUUGAUAACUCGGGUGCCAUCGUGGCCGAGUGCAUCAAGGUGCUGAAGAACGCAAAGUGGGCCGAGGUAGGCGACGAGAUCGUGGUGUCAGUGAAGAAGGCGAGGCCUAUUUCCGACAAGACCUCGGGCAGUAUGUCGGCAGCCAAGAUCCGCAAGGGAGACGUGCGCCGGGCGCUUAUUGUGCGGACAAAGAAGGAGGUCCGCCGCCCCGACGGCCGGUAUGUGCGGUUUGACGAUAACGCAUGUGUGCUGCUCAACAACCAGCAGCAGCCGCUGGGCAGCCGCAUCCUGGGCUUGGUUUCGGCGGAGCUGCGGUUCAAGAACUGGGUCAAGGUCGUGUCGCUGGCCCCGCGCGUGGUCUGAGCAGCAUCGCUGAUCUGGAUGGAGGGGUUUAGUACACUUUUUUUAAAAGGGAAUAGAGUUUCAAAAAUUGAAAAACUUUGGCAACCAAGA